GUGCCGCAUCGUUUCUUUUCCCAGCUGUUCAGGUAUGUUCUGUACGGGCUUAACGGUAUUACAUCACGUCUCGUAAAUAACCAGUUUUGUUACUAUAAUUUCACCUGUAAAAUUGAUAUAAAACUAACAACCAGAAGCCGUGUUACAUAUUUUGCCAUGAUCGAUAUCCGCCGGGUUAAGGAAGAACAGCGGGAAAAACAUCCGGGUUUCGGUUCCUACCUCGAAUGCAUGACCCGGUCUCUGUUCACAGGAUUGGCGUCGUUCACUUUGGGCUUUUCGGCAACCUAUUUCCUGCAGAAGCUGCUCUCCAAGCACCUACCCUAUCAGCAAAAAACGGGAAUCUUAAUUUCUUCACUAGUGGCAGUUGGUGCCUCAUACAAGGUUACCUCGGAUCGGACCAAAGCGUGUCAGGCGGCCUGGAUGGCCGCUGAAGACAAAUAUACAGCUUUAUCGGAGAACGGACAAGCGAGUGAAGAGACGGGUGGAGGAAGUGGAACAGUGGAAGGGAAGUCAUCUUAA